AUGGCUACGAAUGUACUUUCGAACAAUAAAUCUAAUUCAAACAAUCAUAUUCAAUGUUUUGAUUUAUUUCAUUUAAUCUGGCUCGAUGAUGAUGAUUCAGGAAAAGAUGAAAAUGAUGAAUAUAUGUUACGUAGUACUCUCAUAAAAUUCACAAAGUAUCAAAAUGUGAUAUCAUGUCGACAAUAUAUUGAAAAUUUAUCAGCAAAUAAUCGACUAGUACUUCUAAUUAGUAAUCAUUUAAGCAACGAAAUAAUACCAACGAUUCACAAACUCCAACAAGUUUCUUUAAUCUGUGUUUACGGUGUAAAUAGUGUAACUAAUGAAAAAUCGUUCGAACAAUUUAGUAAAGUCAAAAUAAUUGUCGCUAAACUUAAGUAUUUUAUUUCUACAAUUUGUCUCAAUUUUCGAAUGUAUCAACAAGACCAAGGGUCAUCAUUGAACAAUAUGUUUACUAUAAACACAGGUAAUUCCACUCUAGAAGUAAAAGGUGAAUUUGUUUUUUUUCAAACACUCAUCGAUUGUCUUCUAAAAAUGAAGCCAAAUAAACGAGAUGAAAAUGAAUUAAGAUCUUAUUUGGAAAAAAAAUACGAAAAUAAUACCACAACGCUCAAGCGUAUUCGUACAUUUUAUGAUACUUAUUCACCUGAUAAAAUAUUUUGUUCGUAUACUACCGAACCAUUUGUAUAUGAUAUAAUGAAUACUGCACUACGUCAACAAGAUAUUCAUAUGAUGUUUCUGUGGCGUUCAUGUUUUUUCGAUAUGUAUCAUCAACUACGUGAAUUGCAAUUGCAAGAUCAAAUAGAAGUUUAUCGAGGUCAAAAUAUUUCUAAACACGAGUUGGAAACUCUUAAAAGUAGUAUUGACAAACUUAUUUCCCUCAAUUCAUUUUGGUCAACAAGUCUUGACCGUGAUGUGGCUGCUUUGUGGGCUGAAGCUCAAGGCCAAUCUGAUGAUAUGGUACCUGUAUUAUUUGAGAUUGACGCUGAUCCUUAUAUGGUCGAUACAAAACCAUUUGCUGAUAUCGGUAAAUACAGUAAAUAUCCAGAUGAACAGGAAAUAUUAUUUAUGUUCGGUUCCAUAUUUCGUGUGAUCAAAGUAUAUCAAAACACCCAGUCUAUGUGGACUGUAAAAUUGAGUUUAUGUGAUGAUUAUGACCAAGAUGUUGAAAAAGUAUUGAAAUAUAUGCGAGAACAGAAUGAAAAAGGUGAAACAAAUUUGCACACUUUGGGGAAAUUAGUAUGGCAAAUGGGAUAUGAUGAUUUAGCUAAGAAAUACUAUUCGCGUUUUCUUGAAGAUCUUCAACCCGAUGAUAUACUACGAUCUGUAGUUUGUCAAGAUAUUGCAUUGAUUGAAAGUCAAAAUCGUGCUUAUAAUAAUAGUAUGGAAUGGAAACUGAAAGAACUUGAAUCUAAACAAACAAAUAUAUCAUCCGACAGUGAUAUUUCAAGAGUUCCUACAAUUCAUCCAGCUGCUCGAUGGGCUAGAAAUGGAAUUACCAUUGCUGGUGGUCAUGGAGUAGGUAAAGCAUUGGAUCAAUUAUAUCUUCCAGAUGGACUUAUCAUUGAUGGUGAUGGAACAGUGUACAUUGCUGAUUGGUGGAAUAAUCGUAUAAUGGCAUGGACAAAUAAUGAGACAGAAGGUCGUAUAGUUGUUGGUGAGAAUAAAUAUGACUUUGAAGAAUUAUUUCAACCAAGCGAUUUAGUUAUUGACAAAAUACAGAAUUGUUUUAUUAUUAGCGAUAAUGGAAAACGACGAGUGAUUAGAUAUUCUUGUAAGAAUGAUAUUAGUGCAUGUGCAGAAACAAUAAUGGACAAUAUUCUGUCUUGGGGAUUGACAAUAGAUGAUCAAGGAUCUCUCUAUGUUACUGAUAUUGAGAAACAUGAAGUACAAUGUUAUAGAAAAGAAGAAAAGAUGGUAAUAACACGAACAAUUGUAGCAGGUGGAAACGGACAAGGCAAACUUAACAGCCAAUUAAAUACUCCUCUUUACAUUUUCGUUGAUUCUGAUCAUGCGAUCUAUGUAUCAGAUCAUGAGAAUCAUCGUGUAAUGAAAUGGGUGAAAGGUGCAAAAGAAGGGAUCCUUGUAGCAGGUGGUGAACACGCUGGAGAGGAUUUAGGACAUCUAUGGUAUCCUGGUGGAAUAAUUGUUGAUAAAGAAGGCACAAUCUAUAUUGCAGAUACUCAAAAUCAUCGUGUAGUACGAUGGUGUAAAGGAGAAAAACAAGGUGAAUUGAUUGCAGGAGGACAUGGACAAGGAGAAAACGCUGAUCAAUUGAACGAACCAAAAUGUUUAGCUUUUGAUAUUUAUGGAAAUCUGUAUGUCACCGAUAAAAAUAAUCAUCGUGUUCAACAAUUCAUUAUUCAUUAA